GCUGGCUUAAUUUAUUGUGAUCUCUGCCCUGCACUUUCGGUCCAUCACUCUCCAUCGCCAUAAAUACCAUUGCUCCCCUGCCCUGCCAUUUCACUUUCAAUUCAAUUCCCCUUAGCUUCAUCCUUCCCCCCUCAUAAUAACUCCAUUUUAUCCUCCGAUCUCUCUCACUGUCCGUCCCUAGCUUUUGGAGAGGUGCAGAAAUUUCAAAUGGCCGAAGAAAGUAGCAUCACAGAACCAGCGAGCGGUUCGCCGGCGACUGUUCGCAGCGUGCUUCUCAUCUCCGCCGGAGCCAGCCACUCCGUCGCUCUCCUCGCUGGAAAUGUUGUUUUCUCAUGGGGGAGAGGAGAGGAUGGGCAGCUGGGCCAUGGUGAUGCUGAAGAUAGGUUUUUCCCUACUCAAGUGAGUGCAUUGGAUGGGCAGGAAGUAGUAUCUCUUAUUUGUGGCGCUGAUCACACAGCAGCUUAUUCUGAGUCACUCAUGCAGGUCUACAGUUGGGGAUGGGGUGACUUUGGAAGAUUGGGCCAUGGAAACUCUAGCGACUUGUUUAUCCCUCAACCAAUCAAAGCAUUGCACGGAAUACAGAUAAAGCAGAUUGCUUGUGGGGACAGCCAUUGUUUAGCUGUUACCAUGGAAGGAGAAGUCUGGAGUUGGGGGAGGAAUCAAAAUGGUCAAUUGGGUCUCGGUACUAUAGAGGAUUCUCCUUUGCCUCAGAAGAUUGAAACAUUUCAGGGAAUUCCUGUGAAGAUGGUCGCUGCAGGUGCUGAACAUACAGCUGCUGUGACUGAAGAUGGUGAGCUGUAUGGAUGGGGAUGGGGGAGAUAUGGUAAUCUGGGUUUGGGAGAUAGGAAUGAUCGCUUAGUCCCUGAAAAAGUUUCAGCUAUACAGGGAGAGAAGAUGAUUAUGGUGGCUUGUGGAUGGCGACAUACAAUAUCUGUUUCUUCCUCUGAAUCUUUGUACACUUAUGGGUGGAGUAAAUAUGGCCAACUAGGCCAUGGAGAUUUUGAAGACCACCUUGUCCCCCAUAAACUUGAAAUGUUGCAUGGUGCAUCUAUUUCUCAGAUAUCAGGUGGAUGGAGGCACACCAUGGCACUCACAACUGAUGGUAAGCUCUAUGGUUGGGGAUGGAACAAGUUCGGACAAGUUGGUGUUGGUGACAAUGAAGAUCGUUGUUCACCCACACAAGUGGCAUUCCCAGAUGAUCAGAAAGUAGUUAAAGUGGCAUGUGGUUGGAGGCACACAGUAGCUGUUACCGAAAGACAAAACGUGUUUUCUUGGGGUAGAGGCACAAAUGGACAGUUAGGUCAUGGAGAAUCUGCUGACAGGAAUGUCCCGAAGAUCAUAGAAGCAUUGAGCGCGGAUGGAUCAAAUGUGCAACAUAUAGCAGUUUCUAUGUCCAAUCCAACUGGAGCAGCUGAAAAAUAUUAUGUUUCACCAACACAGAGAUAUGCAGUUGUUCCAGAUGAGAAUGCUACGGCGGGCAAUGGAAAUGAUUUAAGUGUCCCUGAAAAUGAUGUGAAGAGGAUGCGGAUAUGAAUGAGAAUGAAUUAAUGUCUUAAUGCGCUGAGUCUAGUAUAACGAUGUUUUGUACCAAUCGAUCAUCAUUCUCUAUAUUUGAGAUCGCAGUAGUAUUAUCCUCUCUCUAUCUAAUAGGUAUUUGAAGUAAUUUUGAAUUUGAAGGGACAAAAUUAAAAAUUCUCACCUUUGCGGUUACGCUUUAUCUAUAUCAUAAACUACUCCUUUUUAAGGAGUGUCUAGUUUAUGUUACAUUUUACACGGAGUAAUAAUUAUUUUAUGCGAGUUAUGGAUGCACUUAGGGGUGGAUUGCUCGGUCUUGAAUUGGAUCCGGCACUAUUUGAGAUCGGACUGGCGAUCUUAGUCCGGCAACUUUUUUAGCCUUGGAAACGGGCAAAAACAAAUAUAUACUGGGAGCAAAACCGGGACUAGACCGCUCGGUUACCGGGAACCAGCUCAAACCCAUAUAUCUGAGUCAGUGGGUUUCUCUCUAACCAAUGAUCGGGACUAGCCGGACCAGGACCAAAUCCACCCCUAGAUGCACUAAACAAGAUGUGAUCUUGAUUUCUAACGAUCAAAUAUUAUCUGAUUUGACUUCUUUUGUUUGGAGGUGAUUCCAAAAUUUAAGUAAUCUGGAGCGUUUAAAAAGAAUAUGUGAACGUAACACUGCAUGCAUGCUCCCCUUGUAUGCAGUGGAAUCAAGUCAAAGAAAGUCUUGCAAGUAGAAGUCAAACACAAGUUAAGUUGGCAAGUAAGAACAUUUUCACUAUCCUGAAAUUAGAAAUCAUUUAAUCCUUAUGGAAUACUUGUAGAGUGGAUGAUGGUUCUACCAAUGAAUAUGUUUGUCAAAAAAAAAAGGAUGACACCUCAUCCCUGAGGGCCCACCACAAUCGGCUGGACUGUGAUUAAUGUUCCCGGUAGAAACUGGACAGGGGGAUGUGGUAUGAGUGUGAUGUUUGUCUAAAUAGAACACUUGUGGAGUUGCAAACCUCGGGGCGGAAGUGAUUAAUGUUCCCGGUAGAAACUGGACAGGAGGAAGUCGGAGGACUUAUGCUUUGUUUGCAAACAAUUAAUUUAAGUGUUUUUGUUUUUUUAAGAAAAAAACACUUAUUUUACCAAAAAAUACCAACUUUUACUUUCUCGGUUUUCGUGUAGAAUUUACUUUUUACUUUUUCUAUUACACAAAAAACACUUAUUUUACCAAACACUACCAACUUUUACUACUAAUCACUUUUUUCCAAAAAGUGCUUUUAUUUAAGCACAAUCACUUGCAAACAG